CUACGACUAUGACCAUCAUUUAAAUAUUGCUCUAUUGUUUUAAUUGAAUUACUGAAUUAAAUCCCUGAAGGUAGAUUCUAUCAGACGCUGAAUGAUUGCUAAAUUAAAAAUUGAACCUAUGUAUUUCUGGCAAUUGUGUAACAUUUUCGAUUAGAUAUUGGAAACUGAAGCUUUAACAAUAAACUGGGGUUAAGUUCUAAAUAGUAUACUUAUACUCUGUUGGAUGAAGGAGCAUAUUAAUAUGAAAAUAGAAAUAUAGAACAUCAAAUCAUUGUUAUUGAGGAAAUUAAAGAGGAAGUCAGAUAAUGGACUCAGUGUAGUUGAAAGCAGAGGACUGACUGAAUAUACUUCACAAUUCAGGUUGAUUGUUUUAAUGUGUACAAAUAUCACAAAGAUUAUUAAAAUUAAAUUAUAUCUAAAUUCAACUUCUAUUUAAAAUUUUGAAUGAAAUCUAUUGCACAACCUGCUGGAUGAUGACUACUUUCAAGAUUCACUACAAAAAGGUAGUUUUCACAUUAGGAUGGAUCGCAGCUACAUUUGUUCUGAUAGUCCACUUUCACAUUCCUGAUUUACAAUGGCUUCAACAUAACCCGAACACCAGUGUGAAUGAUACGAUUGAUGGUGCUGCUAAAAAAAGUGAUCUCCCAAAAGAUUUUGUGCUUGUAACAGCAGCUAAUCAUAAUUAUUUUCCUGGCCUCAAAGAACUUGUAGGAUCAAUGCAUUAUUGGGAGCCAACAAUUAAAGUUGCAAUUUAUGAUCUUGGACUGACCAAGAUUCAACUAGCUGAGAUAAAAACCUGGUGUAAUGUUGUCGUACAUGAUCUCCCGAAACAAAUGCCUGAACAUAUUCUUCACCAGCCUCGAAAAAUGUAUGCAUGGAAACCUUAUGUAGUUUUUGAUAGCUUUGAACGAUACCAUAGUAUAUUGUUCAGUGACGCUGGCUCAAAUAUACGAGGACCAUUAUCAAAAAUUAAAGAAUUGUUAUAUAAGGAUGGUUAUUUCUUCGUCCAGGGUCAGGACUUAGAUAUGACAGAAAAAUCACAUGAAGGGAUGUAUAAAUACUUUAAUGAAAAGAAAGGAGAUUUUAAAAAUAAGCCUCAUUUUGCUGGUGGUCUGCAUGGCUGGUUACGAGGCAGUGAUGCUGUACAGCACAUCUUAUAUCCUUACGUAUUAUGUGCUCAAAGACAAGAAUGUUUCGGACCACCUGGAUCAUCACUAAGAAACCAUAGAUACGACCAAUCAGUGUUGAGUAUUAUCAUCUACACUGCACCAAUGAGAAUUGUUCCUCAUACAGAGUUCUUGGCUGCUAGCAGGAGACAGUGUAAUUCUGACCCUUUUAAACCUAGUGACAUGUUAGUGCUAACUGCAAGGCAGGGCACAAAGGAUUAUUACAGUAAAAUAUGCAAUAAGACAAGUACUUUAUAAAUGUGCAAAGAAACCUAGUGCCAUUCUAGUGCUAACUGCAAGGCAGGGCACGAAGGAUUAUUACAGUAAAAUAUGCAAUAAGACAAGUACUUUAUGAAUGUGCAAAGAAACCUAGUGCCAUUCUAGUGCUAACUGCAAGGCAGGGCACGAAGGAUUAUUACAGUAAAAUAUGCAAUAAGACAAGUACUUUAUGAAUGUGCAUAGGAACCUAGUGCCAUUCUAGUGCUAACUGCAAGGAAGGGCAUCAACUAUUUUUACAGUAAAAUAUGCAAUAAGACAAGUUAUUUAUAAAUGUGUCUCAGAGACAAUGUAAAGUAUGCAAACUUGAAUUGAAAGACCAUAAUCAGAAAACUGACAAAAAAGCACAAUUGCUCAAUAUUUCAAACAAUAUGAAACCAAUGUGUGCAACAAGACUGUACUUAAUGCCAGUGGCAUGAAAUAACGAAAAUAAAAUGUUUUAUUAACUGGUUAUUA